UAGGGCUUAUUUUUGGUUUCCUCCACUCCAAACUGUGAUUCGUCUUUCGAAGCCUCACUCGGGCAUUUCGACGAACAUGUCGGACGCCGGCGUAGUCACGGUCUACGGCAGCGGCGCCGCCCUGGAGCCGAAGAAAUCCUCGACCUUCUCCGUCAAAGUGGGGCUCGCCCAGAUGCUGCGCGGCGGCGUCAUCAUGGACGUCGUCACCCCCGAGCAGGCCCGCCUCGCCGAGGAGGCUGGCGCCUGCGCCGUCAUGGCGCUGGAGCGCGUCCCCGCCGACAUCCGCGCCCAAGGCGGCGUCGCGCGCAUGUCGGAUCCGGGUCUCGUCAAGGAGAUCAAGCGCGCCGUCACCAUCCCCGUUAUGGCCAAGGCACGCAUCGGCCACUUCGUGGAGGCGCAGAUCCUGGAGGCCAUCGGCGUCGACUACGUGGACGAGAGCGAGGUCCUCACCCUUGCUGACGACCAGAACCACAUCAACAAGCACAAUUUCCGCGUGCCCUUCGUAUGCGGCUGCCGCGACCUCGGGGAGGCCCUGCGCCGCAUCCGCGAGGGCGCCGCCAUGAUCCGCACCAAGGGCGAAGCCGGCACCGGUAAUAUCAUCGAGGCCGUCCGCCAUGUCCGUUCCGUCAUGGGCGACAUCCGCGCCCUGCGCAACAUGGACGAUGAUGAGGUUUUCGCCUUCGCCAAGCGCAUCGCUGCCCCUUACGACCUCGUCAUGCAGACCAAGCAGCUCGGUAGGCUCCCCGUCGUCCACUUCGCUGCAGGCGGAGUGGCCACCCCUGCUGAUGCUGCCCUCAUGAUGCAGCUCGGCUGUGAUGGCGUCUUCGUCGGAUCUGGCAUCUUUAAGAGCGGUGAUCCGGCACAAAGGGCUAGGGCGAUCGUGCAAGCGGUCACCCAUUACAGCGAUCCAGAGAUCCUCGCUGAAGUGAGCUGCGGCCUUGGGGAGGCCAUGGUUGGGAUCAAUCUCAGUGACCCCAAGGUCGAGAGGUUUGCUAGCCGCUCAGAGUAAAAAAGACAGGCUUCAAAAAUUGCUGCUUACUAUGAUUUCGUAGUUGCACUUAGUCCGCAGUAAGACUUAUCCUCUAGCGAUUUCUCUCCGUUACAGAUAACUUUGUGCUCAAGACAAAAUCUACGCCUGUAUGGCAAAACUCUCCGCUUUAUUUUUAACUAGUGUUUAAUGGAUUAAUAAUGCUGAUUAUGAUCAUAGGAGCUAUAGAAGUGUUUCUUUGCUUCUAUUGUUCUAAUGGAUGCAAGGCAGUUUCAUUUUACAUUA